UCCGGACGCGCAGGCUCCGGACACGCAGGCUCAGCGGCCAUGGCUCACGGGCCCAGCCGCUCCACGGCAUGUGGGAUCCUCCUGGACCGGGGCACGAACCCGGUGUCCCCUGCAUCGGCAGGCGGACUCUCAACCACUGCGCCACCAGGGAAGCCCAAAACAUUAACACUUUUAUAGCAGACCUGCCAGGACACAUGUGUGUGUUGAGAGCAUUAUUCCAAGAUGAGGGGAGUGGGCGGAUGGGAUUAAAGAUAGAUGAAAGCUGAUUGAUUUUGUACUUUGUUGGACAUUCACAUAAGCAGGUGUGACCAUGGUCAGUCCCAUGAAUGAGGGCACAGAUCAGGAUCUACUGCUUUUGGAUAUGACUGUGCUAUUUCUCCUCCCUUCCUAAGGAAGGUAUGACAUCCCUGCCUUUUAUAUUAUCUGGUCUUCCUUCAGAUGACCCCAAAGAAUAUCUCCUCUGUCUUCAUAGAGCACACACAGGCCCCCACUUGCACCAGAGAGCUCAUUUGAUUUGGUGUUUCUCUCUCUGGAGAGAGAUUGGCCACCUUAAGACUGGUGUCUGGUAACACUUCUUCCAGUUUGGGCUGGCCCUCGCCAGUUGUUAGGACAUUGGUAACUCACUCAUUUCUAGGCAAGCAUGCUCAAAACCGGUGAACUCCAUUGUGUCUUUUCAUUGAUUUAGUCUUCCAUGUUUUACAAUGCUUUUUGUUACAUAGGUGCCAGUUCUAACCAAACUAAGUGAGCAGUGCAUAAGCAGCUGUGCUAAGGGAGAAAGGGGCUGGGGGUCUUGUCCAUGGUCCUGGAGCAGUUAGGCGCCAGGAUGGCCAGGAAGUGUUUGCACGUUUUUCUCACCCCAAGCCACUCUUGGCCGUGCGCUGUUUCAUGAGGGGUUUUCUGAUGUCCUACCCUUGACCUCUGGGGCACUGGGGAGUUGGAGAACUCAGGAGGUUCUCAGGGGUUUGGAGAUGGGGAAGGCCAAUUCUCAGCAAGUCCUUGAUGAGGUGUGACCCUACCUGGCCUGCUGCAGUCUGGGGGACCUUCUUUUCCUCCUAGAGGCCAUCAGCUCAUCCCUUCCGGGGAGUCGGCUGAGUCAGGUGUUUGCCGACAGCGACUUUGUUUUAAACCGAGCUCAGGGUUGCUACAGUUCUCAGGAGACCUGGUCGGGAGGGUCUUUCCUCCAUCUCAGCUUCCCCAGACUUUCUGCUUUUUUGCAGCCAGGCUCUGCGCCAGUCUCCCGCCCUGGCUUGGCUGUGGGACACCCAGUUGGCAGCAAGCCCCCCGUAGUGGGCAGUUCAGUAACAUCUCCAUCCCUUUUGGUGGCGUGAUUUCCCGGAGGCAGGGGACUGAUUUACUCAAGGUCAGGACAGGAGCCCUGGUGACUCAGAUCUAUGCUUUCCCCUUGGUCUGUAACUCUCCUUGACCUCUGGGGCCUGAGCAAAGGAAUGGGGGCAGGCCUUAAAGUCCUCCUGCCCUCCAUCUCCCUCCCCUGGGACCAAGGAGGCACUGGCCGCUUGUCCGGCCCCAGGAGGCUCCCAAGGGGAUGAUGCACGAUGAAGGCUAUCAUCACUAAGGGUCUAGAGGCUGCUUAUUUGCCUCCUGUCCCAGUGGCCACCUGGGCCACCUAGCAGUAUUGACCUUUUUGGCCCAGGGACAGAAAGCCCAGGAGUGGGGAUGGCCCUUGUUUGUCCUGUGUCCCGCUCAGCGGGGGCAGCGCCCUAGCCAGCACCUGGGAUGAGGUCUGGAAGAUCCUUUCGGGAUUCUGAGGGCGGGCUAUCUCCUGACCUUUGCUAAGGGGGAGGGAGAGCCCUGGGGACAGGACUCCUGGGUUUGGCCGGUUGGGUGCGUGCGUGGUUGUGUGGGCCUUUGAGCCCAGAAGUAACACCGGCCCUGGGAUUCUGGGCCAUAGCUACACUGGAGGAGCCCUUUGUCUAAAAAGGGCCUGAACGCUCCGACGCAGGGGGUGGGGUCGCACGGCGCCUGGGAUCCGCCCCUUGGGCCCCUCCCUGACGCGGCCGCCGCCCACCCGCCGGCCCCGGGCUCCCGCACAUCUGGCGGUCGCCAGCACAUCUGGGCAGCCGGCGUGAAGCAUGAACGGCUCGCAGGCGGACGUCACAGCCCGGGCCGCCUGGCUGAGCUCCUGUUGCAACCAGUCGGGGGUGCUGCCGGAGCCCCCCGAGGGGCCGCGCGCCGUGCAGGCGGCGGUGCUGGGCGUGCUGUCGCUGCUCGUGCUCUGCGGGCUCCUGUUCCUGGGCGCCGGCCUACUGCUUCGCGCCCAGGGUCUGACGGCGCUGCUGGCCCGAGAGGUGCGCGCGUCCCGGGAGGGAGAGCCCGGCGGCGCCAGUGGCGGCGAGGAUGACUCGUAGGCGCGUCCGGCUGCGCUCGGGGGUCGCGGCCCCCCGGCGGCCCGCGGACUCCACGCCCGACUUCGAGGGAGCGGCCCCCAGCGCCAGACGGCUUCAGCGGGAAGCCCUCCGGCGAUGCUGGCGCGCGCGCGCACACACAGGUGAGAGCCCGCCCAGAUGAGAGCUGCAGCGCCUUGGGAGUGGGGGCGCAGGGGCUGGAAACCGUCGUAUUGGCCGGGCUCUCUGCGCUCAGCCACAGACUCAGCUUUUCAGCGACUCCCGUUCCAGCUCUGGAAGCCCACGGGGUGGGCCGGCGGCUAUCCCAGGGGUGCCGGGAUCUGAGCGGAGGGGCUGCCCUUCCCUCCCUCUCCCGGUCGUCUCUCCAGCCCAGUGGCGCCCCGACCCACGGCCUUUUUCUAGGUCACUGUGUAACUGCGGGAGAGGGAGAAGCAGGGCGGGUCACAGAGGAGGGAGUCUGGGGGGGCCACGGUGUGCGGGGGAGCCUUUUCCCUGCACCCACGCCACCCCGCUUUGCGCCAGCCCCACCUAGUGCUGAGGCCCAACUUUGUGUCAUCCCACUGGGAGGCUGGGGAGAGCCACGGCCACAGGAACUCAGCCAACCCAGGCCCCCGGCUUCUGCUUCCUCCUGUCCUCUCCUUCAGGAAGCCUUUUCCCCGGAGAGAGGUUUGGGUAUGAUUCCUCACUGUGGCCUCCCUCUUGGGGCAGGGAUGGGAGUGUGGAUCGAGUUUUAGGGCAGAGCCAGGAGCCUGGAUGACCCUGGGGGAUGGGGAGGUGUGCUGGGGCCUCCUCCCCCCAGCCCCUGCUCAGGUGGGGGGACGUGUGUGGCCCAGAGCAAGGGGCUUUGGGGUGUGCGUGGGGGGGUAGGUGACAAGAUUCCUAACAGCUGGGGGGCCUCAGGAGCACGCUGCUCCAGGAAGCUGGGACUGAGGGUUCCCAGCUGUAGGGGCUCCAUCUGGCCCUCCUGCCUCUGCCUCUCCAAGGACAGGAACCAUCUGGAGGGAAGGGCCUGGGUGGCCUAAAGACAAGGUAAUUCUAGGCCAAGGCUGCCUUGGGCAGAGCCAUAGGGUUUGGCGAGGGAAGCCUUCUGUGUCUGUCUCCUCUGUUCAGUGGUGUACCAAGGGAUUCCCAGGUUUCUGUGGGUGGAGCUGUUCACCAGGGGUGCCUCUGACCUCUCUUGCCCCUCCCACUCUAAAGCCCCUCCCCUGUCUGCCAGGGCAGAGGCAGGGUCCCAGCUUCCCUCUGAGAAGGGAGUGAGUGCUGGAGAGGAGGGGCCGAUGAGGGGUGAGGGGCCGGAGUGGGCAGGGUGCAGCUGUGAGGCUGAGGACGUGUGAUCCCUGCACAGAGCAGCCCAGGAUUUGGUGCUAAUCCCGGACAGCUGUGCCACACUGGCCUUGCUGAGCUGUGGACUUCUCACCUCAGGCAUGCUGAUCCCACCCCCUUGGAGAGAGGGCUGGCCAGGGGUGUGUGUGUGUGUGUGUGCUUGUGACUGCUCCUGGCCUUAGGGAGGCGGGCCAGCCCGGGGAUAUUCCCCACCUCCCUUUGCUGUGUCCUGGGGGAGGGGCUGGAAUGCCCUCUCUUUACUGUGUCCAGGUUCGCCCACCCCCUUGCCCAUAAGUUCUGCUGAAUUUGCUGCAUUUCCAUCCUUUCUCCCAUCUCCAUACUAUGCUCUUUUCUCCUUCCCCAUCUGGGACAGUCUCCAGUUCUGCUGUGAACCCUUCACUUUACAAAUGGGGAAGCUCAGAGAGAAGAAAGUGACAUGCUCAAGUGGAUGACAGAGCCGGAACUGGAUCCCGGGGCUCCUGCUUGGUUCCGAGCUCAGGGGGUGGGGUGGCAUCCCUGAGUGAGAAGGACCCCUUGGGUUGCCCUCUUUGCUCUGUCCUCUCUUUCCCUGAUUUCUCACCACUCUUUGAGAUGCUGAUGCAGAAUGUGGCCUCUCUUCCCAAAAGAAUGAACUUCACACCACAUUUGUCAUAUGGUUUCCGGGACUGGAACCUCAACUCCCCCCUUCCCGCUCCGUGUCCUCCUUCCCAUCCUUACUUCCCGGCAGCCUUGCUAGAUACCUUCUUCCUGCUGGGAAUGGCCUUCCAGGUACCUCAGCAACUCCCCAGCCAGCUGGGCUAAGCUUUCCUGGCCCGAACCUGAGGGUGCAGGUGAGCUCAGAGGGUCAGCUGGAAUAUAUACACCUAUGGAAAAAAAAUCCAAGUGGACAGAGCAGAGGGAUCGGAGGUCAAGGUGAUGACUUGGGUUGGCCUUUGGGUUCAAGUCUGGGUGGUGUUAGAGGAGUAGAGAGAUUUGAUGGAGGGACGGACCGUGCCCCCAGCAUCACGGUGUCUGCUCACACCCAGGCAGGGCUGGGGGUGUCCCGGUGGGGUGAGAGAAGAUGGGGUAGGCAAACGCUUUCUUCAUCCAACUUCCUGCCUUCGCUAUCCCUUCAGCUCAGUGCUUGGGUAGCUGGCCCGUGGCAUGUGCUGGAGACCUCAGUGUUCCUGGAGAAAGAUACCGAGAUGUUUGCUGUGGAGCUCUGACCCUGGUCAAGGCUGUCAGACUGAGUGGGGAGGAAAAUAAUUUAGAAAACUGGGAAAUGGGUGCUGCUGUCAUGGCAUUUCUCAGGCUCCGGCUGGGAGGGAGAGGUGGGGGAUGGCUGUAGGUCUGAGUGCCGUGGAGUGAGGCCAGGCAUCUGGUCACCAGCAAGCUCCAUUAGCCUGUGCUGUCCUUGAUGGAAACGCCGGGGCCACAGGUGGGUGGACAUCUUGGCUUAACCUUCCUCCAGCCCCUGAGUCUCACUCUGAGCUGGAAAGGUCUGUCAUUCCUUGGCUCCCUUCCCAGCAAAGACAGGGGUGGCUGUCUGUUACAGAUUCCCGAGCCUUGUGUGGUCUGUCUCCCAGAGAGCUCCCAUUCCAGCGCACUGGCUGUACGGGGAACUCCUGCUACCUUUGAUCCGUGUGCGGUGCAGACGACAGCCUGGGAGAAACCUGGAUUGUCGUGAGACCUCAACUUGGGAUCUUUGCACUCAGCUGCUGCCUCUGAUCUGCUCUAUCCAACCUCCUGAACUGCUCAUGGUGUGGGUCUGGGAGGUCAGCGCUCCAGGAAUGAAUGGGCCCCCGGGCAACUGCUGUGUGUCCUGGGCACUGAAGAGGCCACACCCCCAGGAUGCUCAGUGCCCGCAGACGCUGACCAGCCCCCUGCCUGCUGGGCCCUGUCCCAUCUCUGAUGCAGGGUGGCCGUGGUCUGACAGGCCAGUGACUUGUCCCUGCUGAGGGCUGUAGGUCACUGUCCCCCAUUUGGAGGUCUUGGGUGCCCCAACAGUGCCCCAUCACUGCCCCAUCUCUUCCUGUGGCUUGUUAUUAAAUAUGCUGGUAAUGCAAGUUUGGGGUAUACGGUCUAUGUUUCCAGCUCCUGACUCCUGGCAUUAGCAGUAGCCCCCGGGCCCCGCUCCAGUUUGGACUGUUUCUGGCAGAUCCUGAAAUAGCAAACCCCAGCCAUGGCCCCUCUCCCCUGGUCCCUCCUCAGUGCUGGCUAUUCCCUUUCCACACCCAGAUCCAGAGCUUUCCAAAGGUGGGUAGGAGUGGGGCAGUGACUCUCACGCCAGCAAUCGAUUGCCCCCCUGUGGCCAGUGUGGGCAAUAACAUGUCUUCAUUCAGCUGCCCUAUUGACGACCGAUCAUAGUCUGGCCAGAGCUUGUGCGUCAAAAAAAGAGUGGAUUUUGUGAGCGUGUGCACUGAAUUCUACGCUGUAAACCUUCAUGAACCUCAGUAUCUUCAUCCAUAAAAUGGAAGCAACAAUGGCAGGAGGAUCAAAUAUAUAGUGUGCUUGUCUGUAGAUGAAAGGCUGUGAUCAUCGUGUGAUGUUGUUAUUUUUUCCUCCGAACCUGGCCACUCCUAGAGAAAAGGUAUAGAAUCGCCCACUCCCUACCCUGUUCCUGGGAACACUUCGUUUAUUCAUCUUUUCCAUGAGUGUUUAUUGAGUGACUGCUCUGUGCCGGGCUGGCUCUGGGGCUGGGGAUGAGAUGAAUGGGGCAGAGGCCCUGCCCUCAAGGACCUCACAGUCCAGUAAAGACUGAUGCUUACAAGGCUGAAGCUAGGGGCUUCCCUGGUGGCGCAGUGGUUUGGAAUCUGCCUGCCAAUGCAGGGGACACGGGUUCGAGCCCUGGUCCAGGAGGAUCCCACAUGCCGCGGAGCAACUGGGCCCGUGAUCCACAACUACUGAGCCUGCGUGUCCAGAGCCUGUGCUCCGCAACAAGAGAGGCUGCGAUAGUGAGAGGCCCGCGCACUGCGAUGAAGAGUGGCUUCCACUUGCCGCAACUAGAGAAAGCCCUCGCACAGAAAUGAAGACCCAACACAGCCAAAAAUAAAUAAAAUAAAAAUUAAGUUUGUAAAAAAAAAAAAAAGACUGAAGCUAACACAGACAAUAAGAAGUGCCCACUGUGGACGGAGCCAAGAGCAGAGAGUGACUGGCUUGGCUUGUCGAGGAAGGGGUACUGAAUGGGCAUUCACGGAGCGAAGAAGGGGAGGAAGUACAUUCGGGGCAGACGCGCAGUGGCGUGUGGGGCUGGUGGUACCCUAGAAGCAGGUAAGUAGAGCUGGGUGUGAAGGGACGGGACGGGAGACCAGAGGCGUGGUAGCCUAGAUGGGAGUGGAAUUUACCCUGGGGGCAGUGAGGGCUCUGGAGGGUUUUAAGCCGGGAAGUGACAUGGUAAGAUCUGGAUCUUAGGGAAUGGGGGGUAAGUCUGUGGGUGGGAGCAGGCUGGAGGUAGAGAGACAGCAAGGAGGCUGUGAUCAAAACCCAGCAAAAGGGCUUUCCCGAUGGCGCAGUGGUUAAGAAUCCGCCUGCCAGUGCAGGGGACACAGGUUCAAGCCCUGGUCUGGUGAGAUCCCACAUGCCGCGGAGCAACUAAGCCCGUGCGCCAGAACUACUGAGCCCGCGUGCUACAACCACUGAAGCCCGCGUGCCUAGAGCCCAUGCUCCGCAGCAAGAGAAGCCACUGCAAUGAGAAGCCCGCGCACCACAAUGAAGAGUAGUCCCUGCUUGCCGCAACUAGAGAAAGCCUGCGCGCAGCAACGAAGACCCAGUGCAGCCAAAAAUAGAUAAAUAAAAUAAAUAAAUUUAUUAAAAAAAAUGGUGGCCUGGACUGGGGUGGAAAGAAAAGGGGACAGAUCCAAGUGAUGUUUGGGAUUCAGGCUUUGGUCACUAGUUGGAUGUGAGAGAUGAAGGAGAGGGAACAGGGAGGACGAAGCCCCAGCUCUUGGACUGAAUUACUGAGCGGGUGGUGAUGCCUGCCACCCACUGAGGGGCCGUGUUAUCAGUUACGACUUUUUUGGUCUGAAUUUACAGGAAACCCAAAAGAUAUUUGGCUUGAGCAGAGGGGAAUUUAUACUGCACAUAACUGCAAAGGCUAGCGGCAGUUCUGGCCUCAGGUCUGCCCUGACUCAAGUCUGACAGUGACAGCAGGCCUGGCCUCUAUGCCUCCCGUGGCUUGGUUGGUCUGCAGCCUCUGACAGGGUGGUCUAGUGGUCAGAGCAAGGCCUUGGAAUCAGGUGCCUGGAUUUGAAAGCUGGUACCACAUUCUCUAGCUGUGUGACCUGGGCAAGGUGCUUAACCCCUCGUGGCUCAAAUCCCUCCUCUUCGGAGUGGGGAAAAGUGGGGCCGAGCUAGUACAUGUUUUGUUAGGAUGAAAUGAGAUCCCCAUGUGUAGAGAGCCUGGCACAGUAAGUGUGCCUGUUAUUAGUCUCAGCCUCCAUGUGAAGAGGGGAUGUUGGCUUCAUGGCCUCUCAGACUCAUAUCUAUCAUGAAAGAGGCGGGGUUAGGGUCCCUUAGGUCCCAGGUCCCUCAGGCCAAACCCUGGGAGCAGCUGUGACUGUGUGUUACCCCAGAGGUACUGUGCUGCCAGUAUGGAAUGUCCUAAGCCUUGGUCAUGUGCUCUACUCAGACACCCCAAACCACAAGGCCUAAAGGAGCGGGCUGUCGCCUUACCAAAUCUAAUCCCAUUUCAGUCCUGGGGUGAACAGAGGCUGGGCGCCCAUAGACUGGCUCAUGGCUGCUGCAGAUGGGGACGGCGCAGGCAGAGGGCGGUGAUGCGUCCAGCUCAGGUGUGUUGGGUUGGAAGCACGCUGGGGGCGUCCAAGGUGGUAAUCAGUGGAUGGGGGCUGGGGCUCAGCAGGGGGGCUUCCAGGCCAUGGUGACUCUAGAGGCAGAAGAUGGAGCUGUGGGAAGGGACCAGGUUGGGGGGAGAAGGGAGCAGGCCAAGCAGGACACCCCUUAAGGGCAGGGUGAGAGGACAUGGUGGGCCGUGGAGGAGGGGCGCCCGGAGAGGUGGGAGGGAAGCCGGGGAGCCAGCUAUUUGGGGAGUCGGGGAACAAAGGAUUUUGGAACUGGGGCAUGUCCAUGCCCCCCCCACCCCCCGCAGUUCUGGAGGGAGGGAGGGCGGAAGGCUUCUUUCUGGACCACAUGGCUUCCCUGAGCUACCCCUCCCCACCACCGCCCUAAGCCUGCAUGAUGGGGGAGGAGCCCCCAUGCAGAAGA